UUUCUGUAAAAAAAAACGGCUUGCUAGUCACGAACUACGCGGGGAAAGAAGAGCGGGACCUAGGAGCGACGGUCAGCCAGUCAGCUGUGCGAGGAAUGGCUGAGGGUUCGUCCGUCUCAGACUCACUGGAGCUCAAUCCAGAUGGGGCAUCACGACAGAAGCACAACCAACACCGGUCCAGGAGGGGUCGUACCAAACCAGACCACAACCGUAACCUGAGUGGUCCCAAUAACUAUGGUCCAGCACCCCAACACAGUCAGUUUCAUGAAGAUUCCAACCCCCAAUAUGUCCAUUACAGUUCAACUUUCCCAGGGAAUGCCUACCCUCCCUUCCAGCGGGAGGAUAGGGAUGCUCCAAGAGGCAGAGGGAGAGGGAGAGCAAGAGGGGGAAAUGGAGGUGGUGGUGGUGGGGGCCAUGGCUCAGGCCCAGGAUGGCAGGCUCCGAGGUGGCAGAGGCCUGGGGGAGAUGUUGGCCUAUCAGGGGGGUACCGUGGUGGUGGGGGCCAAAGGCCUGCAACUCCUCCUGCACAGAGGCCUGAUAUAGAUGGUUCCAGCUGGCGGAGGGAUCCUGGGUUGAGGGACAUGAGGGCUCCCUGUGAGGACCACCAGGACACCCGACCCAAGAAGCCCCGCAGGUUCAGCCAGGAGCCCCAUCAGGGGGAGGUUGGUGACAGGAACCAGAGAGCUGCUCACCCCUUCUUUAAGAAGGAGAACCAGGAGAACCGUGCUGCAGGAGGAGGAGGAGGGCGAGGGGGCUGGGAGUCCAGAGAGGAAGGCCGCCCAUCUGAUACGGGGAACCGGCAUCCUCAAGGCCGGAGGGCGGAAGGCGGCGGCAACACCUCUGCCGAUCUGCACAAGAAAUUCCCUGAACCCAAACGACGACAGGGUCCGAUCAAGGAGCCAAACCAAGCAGAGAGGGAACCAGAGAGGGGAGCAAGCGCCCGAGACUGUUCUGCCCAUGACGGGGGGGGUAAUGGGGUGGAUGAGGAGCAGAGCUGGAAGAAGGGCAGAGGCCAGGGGAGAAGGACCCCCCUGCAAGACAGAGUGCAGAGGAGGCCCCCCCAUCCGGACCACAGGUUUGGCCCUGGACAAAUCAAGAGAGACGCAUUGCCCAAGAACAAAGAGACACAGACAGGGUGCCUGAUCGAGCAGCUGUCGGAGGAGAAGUAUGAGUGCAUGGUGUGCUGUGAGGUCAUCAGGGUCAUGGUUCCGGUGUGGAACUGCCAGAGCUGCUACCAUGUCUUCCAUCUCAACUGCAUUAAGAAGUGGGCCAGAUCUCCGGCCUCGCAGGCUGACGAAUCGACUGAAGGCUGGCGUUGUCCGGCCUGUCAGAACGUGGUCUUCAAGCCUCCAAAUUCCUACAUCUGCUUUUGUGGCAAGGUGACCAAUCCAGAGUGGCAGCGCACAGAGAUCCCUCACAGUUGUGGGGACAUGUGUGGGAAGAAGAGGAGCGGGGCGGACUGCAACCAUCCCUGUAACAUUUUGUGUCACCCUGGACCUUGUCCUCAGUGUCCUGCCUUCAUCCAUAAAGCCUGCAUCUGUGGACGAACUAGCCAGCCAAUGCGCUGUGGCCAGGCUACCUCCAUCCACUGUGACACAGUGUGUGGAGCCACUCUCAACUGUUCCCAACACACCUGCUCCCAGGUGUGCCACAGUGGCCAGUGCCAACCAUGCCAGCUCCAAGUCCAGCAAGUUUGCUACUGUGGCGUUGUCACUCGUGAAGUGCUGUGUGGGACGGAUAAGGAAGCGUUUGACAGCUCGGGACACUUCUCCUGUCAGAAACCAUGUGGGAAGAUGUUGGAGUGCGAGGCCCACCGGUGCCAGCAGGUGUGCCACCCUGGGCCGUGCCAGCCUUGCCCUCGCUCCCCCAGGCUGGUGAAGAGCUGUCCCUGUGGGCAGACGGCCCUGGCCAAGCUCCUGGAGCUGGGCUACUCCGAGCGGCGUGUCUGCUCCGAUCCCAUACCCUCCUGUGGCAAGACCUGUAACAAACCCCUGCCCUGCGGGUCAAACGACUCCAUCCACCUGUGUGAGAAGCUGUGCCACGAGGGCAGCUGUGGCCCCUGCUCCCUAACCUCCACCGUCAGGUGUCGAUGCGGCUCCAAGAUCAAGGAGGUUCCUUGUGCCACCAUCCACAACGAAGACCAGCUUGUUUUUUCCUGUGAGAAGCGCUGUACUAAAAAGCGCCAUUGUGGCCGGCAUAAGUGUAAUGAGCCGUGCUGCGUGGCUGUGGAGCACAAGUGCUCUCUUAUCUGUGGUGGCAAGCUCACUUGUGGCCUCCACCGUUGCCAGGAGGUCUGUCACCGUGGGAACUGCCUGCCCUGCUGGCAAACCAGUUUCGAUGAGCUGGCGUGUCACUGUGGUAACAGCAUCUUGUUCCCGCCCAUUGCUUGUGGCACCAAACCACCGGAGUGUAAGAACCCGUGUUCCAGGAGGCACGAGUGUGAUCAUCCAGUCUUCCAUAACUGUCACAGUGAGGAGAAGUGUCCUCCCUGUACCUACCUGACUACCAAGUGGUGCAUGGGGAAACAUGAGCAACGCAGCAACAUCCCCUGCCACCUGCAGGACAUCUCUUGCGGCCUGGUCUGUAACAAGAUGCUGCCGUGCGACCUGCAUCGCUGUCGCCGUAUCUGCCACCGUGGCGAGUGUCUGGCCGAGGCCUCCUGCCGCCAGCCCUGCGUGCUGCCGCGCCCCGACUGCGGGCACCCCUGCUCCGCCCCCUGCCACAAGGGCAGUGGCUGCCCACGCAACACCUGCACUACCAAGGUGGCGCUACAGUGUGAGUGUGGCAGGAGAAAGGAAAUGGUGCCUUGCACAGAGGCCGCCAGCUCAUACCAGAGGUAUGCCGCCAUUGCCAUGGCGAGCCGUCUGUCUGACAUGCAGCUGGGAGACUCGGUAGACAUCGCUCAGUUCAUCACCAAGAAGGAGCAGAAGCAGAACAGGCUGGAGUGUGACCAGGAGUGUGCUGCCCUGGAGAGGAACAGGAGAUUGGCUGAAGCUCUGCAGAUCGACGUGUCUGUGGAUCCCUUCAACGUCCGCUCCACCUCCAAAUACAGCGACAGCCUCCGAGACGAUGCCAGGAAAGAUUUUAAGUUUGUGAGGGAGGUAGAAGAGGAGAUUAAGAAUCUGGUUGAGCUGGUUAGCAAGGGUAAGCAGCCCAAGAGGAGCCACUGCUUCCCACCCAUGAACCGUGAGCACAGGAAGAUCGUCCACGAGCUGGCGGAGGCCUACACCGUGGAGAGUGUGAGCUACGACAGCGAGCCCAAACGCAAUGUUGUCAUCACGGCCACCAGGGGGAAGUCUGUCUGUCCAAAUUCAACCCUCACGUCUCUGAUCGAGAGAGAGACGGCCACCAGAGCACCCCCACCCAUCGCCCACAUCAAACAACAUAGUAGCAAGAGCGACGGUGGAUGCAGCUGGUCUAAGAUGGUCAAAGAAGAGCCUGUUAUAGACUACUUUGAUGUCCAGGAUUGAUCAAGUUCAAAACAAGGACCCUUAAGGAUAUGAUAAUGAUCAUUAGAAAAAAGAAUGUAUAUUGCAGUACACCAUGGCAGAAUGGAGCUGUAGAGAUGCAGAACUUGCGAACAACAGAAGAACCCUCUGAGUACAGGUUCCACAGAGAGUCCUUGCCAGCUUCACAGGAUACUGUUUGGAACCCUAAUUAUUAUUUUUUACCUGGAAUGUGUUUUAGAUAUUUCCCUUUUUCCAACACACCUGAUUCAAAUGAGAGGGUCGUUAAUAAGUUCCUGCAGAGCUUGAUAAUGACCCAUUCAUUUGAAUCAGGUGUGUUGGAGCAGGGAAACAUACAAGACAGUGGGCUCUGGGGACCAGAGUUGACGACCACUGCUCUGGAGGGUUCUCCUAUUGUUUUUACUUUGCUCAAUGUAGCUCCUUGUGCAUGUCUAAAAUCAACCAUAUCAGCUGCCCAAUUUUUAUUUCUGUGCCAACACAUUGAAACCAGACUCAUUACUUCUAUAUUUUUGGUUCAAAUUUAAAUAAAGUGUGUUAUUUGAA